AUGACAAAGGACAAUUAUGAAGCAGUUAACUCAGGCUUCUUCGAGUCGAGCAUUCCAAAAUUUGAAGACGCGCUGAAAACUUUCGAAAAGCCCGACUACUACGAUGAUAAAUUAUUUCACGAAGGCCGCGAGUUUUAUCGGAAAUACAAAGGUGCUUGCAUUUUCAGUAUGGCCUUGUCCGUUGUGGCAGGGCAUGUUUUUGAAAAUGUAACGAAAGUGAUGGUUUUUACGAAGAGAACUGAAACUUCAAGAAGCGCUUUCUGGCGGUAUUGGAAGACCGCUGAGCGGGUUAACAGCUGGCUUGUCGACGAUGUCUUUGACAGUUCAACAAAAGGUCACCGUGAAAUUCUCAACACUGUUCGAAUCCACAAAGCCGUCGCGAAGAAAAUCAACAAGGAAGAGGCAGCGCCAAAAAGCCACGUUUGGGUAUCCCAAUCAGACAUGGCCCACGUCUUGGUCGGUUUUGCCGGGCCAAUUGUAGUUGCACCCAGAUUUUUCGGGAUUCAAGAUGAGAAUGAGCUGGUGGCGUAUUUGCAUACUUGGCGAGUUUUGGGACAUUUGCUUGGAAUUGAUGAUCAGUACAAUCCUUUUGUGGGAAAUUUAUUGGCGAUCCAGACGACAAUAACGAAGCUGUAUUGCUUCGUUGGCGUCCCUGGCGCAGCGAAUCCUCCUGAAAACUUCCAUCAUCAUACUGAUAUGAUCUGCGAAUGGGCUGGAUCGAAAAAUGCGAUCAUGAUGUACGGACUCGACGCUCAUGAUGAAGUCUAUCGCAAGACCGGCAUCAAACCAGACAAGAAGCAAUUAAAGGCAGCGAAAAAGAGAUUCAAGCUGGAAACUUUUGGAGAUUAUUUCCAGUACUACCACUUGAUGAUUGUAUUCCAGUACCUUUACACCUUCUGGUUUGUAAGAUUUGUCAUCAACGAUGUUCUUUACAAUCCAUACUCUUCUAUCAUUCUUGCGUACGUCUCCAUCUGGACGAAUGAACUUCUCCGCUACUUCAAUUUUUCUUCAAGUUCAAAGAGCAAAAUUCAAUAA